AUGGGCGGCCAGGGCCUCGCAAAGACGCUGGGCACGCACGAGGAGGAGGUCGCGGAGCUGCAGCGCCGAUUCAACGCGCUGGCGGAGCAGCGCAAGGCCUCCUCCGAGAAUCCCGCCCUGCUCUUCACCAAGGACCUGAACCUCGGAAGCUUUUCAGCGUCGAGGCUGCGCAACUCGCUCGCGCCGCAGAGCAAAGAGGAGACGGAGGCGGAGCUGAAGCGCCUUGACGCUCAGAUCAUCGACCUGAGGAAGCGGCACGAUAAGCUGCACGACUCCAAUUCGCGCAAGCGCAGGCAGGCGGAGCAGCUGUCCAACAAGCUCAAGGCGCUGCAGUUGCAAAAGUUCACGGGCGACGAGUCGCCGCAAACCCAGCUGGCGCGAGCAGAGGAGGAUCUGGUGGCGCAGGCGCAGCGAUACGACGAGGCGCAUCGCUGCCGGCUCACUUAUGAGCAGAUCAUCUCGCGGCUCAAGCGCGAGCGCGUCAACUACCCCGCUGAGCUGCAAACCAUCGAGGAGAAGCUGGCACAAAAGGAGCGCGAGCUCGGGAGAGAGAGAUCGCUGCCACCGACGGGCGGCCACCAGCGCGGCCGUCAAUGCACGCCCCACCGUGAGAGCGAGUACGAGCAGCUCUUGCUGCUCUCGCACGACGCACACAUGUCCAAGCAAGCCGCAAAGCAGGAGCUCUCCAAAUUCGAGGCGAUCAUCGCCGAGGAGCGUAGGUCGCGAGAGGGCGAGCUGCAGCAGCGCCGCAAGGUGCUGCAGUCAAAGCAGCAGAAAGUGGACGAGCUCGACAAGAGCGAAAAGGCGCGAGCGUGUGCGGGGGGCCCCAAUCCCCGGCCGAUGAUCUAUGCAACCGAGCCGCCCCGCCCCGCCGAGCAGGAGCGCCGCGCUGGCCGGCUCGAGGCGCCGGGAAAGAGCGGGACGGAGUCGGCCCGGGCGAGCGCCGAGACGACCCUAAAGCUCAUCGAGCUGGAGCGCCACAAGAUCGCGGCGUAUGAGGCGGCAUUCUCCCAAAUCAAGGACGCGACCGGUGUGGCCGACGUGAACGAGGUGAUCCAAAAGUUCACGACCCAGGAGGAGACGCACCAGAGCUUGCUCGCAAUGAAGAGCGAUGCGGAGGGGAGGAUCGAGGAGCUGCGCGAGGCGAACGCGCGCGAGCAGGCCGAGGUAGAGCGGCUGCAGCACGCGCUCGGCGAGGCGGAGCAAGCCAAGGGGCAGGCGGCCGCGCGGGGGCCAAACGACUCGCGCGACGCGACCGAGAAGGAGCGGCAGCGGUGGAAGCGGCUCUGGCGGACGCAGGUCAACGUCAAGGCGGCCGUGCAGCACCUCAUGGACACCUUGGCGCCGGUCAAGGUGGACGACGAGAACACCGCGCCGCUCUCGGACGAGACGCUGCUCGACCACCUGAGGCAAAUCGAGACGAAGCUGUCGAUCGUCGCCGCCGCCUUCCUCGAGGAGUCGGAGCACCACGCCGAACUGCUCGGCCCGGUCGAGGCGGUGCCGCCCGAGGCUGCGCGCCGGAUGACCCCCAGCAGCGGCUUCCGAGUGGCGCCGAGCCACGACGACGAGGCGGAGGAGGACGAGCGGUCCGGCCCGGACGACGACGAGGAGGACGUGCCAGACCGCUACCAGCUCAAAGAGUCGGCGCUCGCCCUGGUGGGCAGGAGCACGAAACGAGGGAAGAAGAAGAAGGCCACGGAGUGA